UCUCCAUAUUUAUGCAGCAAUCCAGUGUUAAAUUUUACAUCUGUGCAGGAGCUCCUGUAAUAAAUACUGUCCAUAAUUUUAGAAUGGGGUGCCUCAAGACUGUCCAUAAUUUUAAAGGGUGCCUCGGUACUGUCCAUAAUUUUAAAGGGUGCCUCGGGACUGUCCAUAAUUUUAAAGCGUGUCUCGGGACUGUCCAUAAUUUUAAAGGGUGGCUCAAGACUGUCCAUAAUUUUAAAGAGUGCCUCGGGACUGUCCAUAAUUUUAAAGCAUGCCUCGGGACUGUCCAUAAUUUUAAAGGGUGCCUCGGGACUGUCCAUAAUUUUAAAGGGUGCCUCGGGACUGUGAAUAACUUUAAAGGGUGCCUCGGGACUGUCCAUAAUUUUAAAGGGUGCCUCAAGACUGUCCAUAAUUUUAAAGGGAGCCUCAGGACUGUCCAUAAUUUUAAAGGGUGCCUCGGGACUAUCCAUAAUUUUAAAGGGUGCCUGGGGACUGUCCUUAAUUUCAAAAGGUGCCUGGGGACUGCCCAUAAUUUUAAAGGGUACCUCCGGACUGCCCAUAAUUUUAAAGGGUGCCUCGGGACUGCCCAUAAUUUUAAAGGGUGCCUCGGGACUGUCCAUAAUUUUAAAGGGUGCCUUGACUGAAAAAAGGUUGAG